AGGAGGACUUGCAAAAAGGAAUUUUUGUUCAUCUAAUUAAAAAUGCAAGAGCAGUAUUGGGUCGUUCGCCACGUCUAAAUGCUGUAAAUAUUGCUCUUCAAAACAGCGGAAUUGAUUCACCAAUUAUGGCUCUGUGCUGUGAUGUAAUACAAAAUGACUUUUUUGCCGAAUGGACUUUUAAGGAUCUGAAAGAUAACUUUAAAGAGGCAUUUGAUGUUUUAUGUAAUAACAAUUUCGAACCAUUGCAAUUGGUAUUAGCAGUAGCUUUACUCAAGGAAUUUGUAAAUGUUUUUUGGAAUUCACUAGAAACAAUACAAACCAUAGAAACAGAACCAAUUAAAUGUGAUGCCGAUAUUGAAGAAUGCUUUUGCAAUACACAAUCUAGGACAUUUCAAUGGCUAGCCGACUUUGACUGGGAUGAAAGCAACAAUAAGAUUGGUUUCAUAGCUUAUCAUUGUUAUGACCAAUACAUAGAAGCAGAAGAAGCGUUUAAUCCACUAUAUUUGCGCUGUCAAGAAAUGCAAUUUGAAAAUUUUUUGAACCAAGCUUUAAAUAACUUGUCAACAA